UCGUUAUCAAAUUUUGCAUUUGUGUUGCUUGCAACAUCCUGUUGAUAGAAACUGAGGAAACUGAGGAUUUAUAAUGAUAACGUGAUUAUAUAAAAUAGGCAAGUUGCACUUUCAAACUGCAGUUUUUACGAGAAAGGCAGUCAAAGUGCAUACAUCAGCUAACUCUCUAAAUUUCCAACAUUUACUGCUUGACAUCAACUGUUUAAGAAACAUGAAGUCCAUUUUAAUUCUGUUUGUGUUAAUGCUAUUCUUUGCUGUAAGCAAUUCACAGCAAACAAAUAUUAAAAGUAUAUCGAUUAAUUCACAAGAAUAUGUGAACGAACAUCAUGUAAAGAUAACCAGUAAAGAAAAAAAUAAUUGUGAAAUGUCGGAAGCACUCAAUUUGGAUGAAAUGGCUUUGAACGAAAUUAAAAGUAAUAUAAUUAAAAGUGAAGCUAUACGCCACGUAUCGCUGCAUAAUAAUCGUUUAAAAAAGGUCCCUCACAACAUUUUGGAUCAAGUGCCACAUUUAUCGUGCCUGAAUUUAUCUCGUAACAGCAUAAACGUCUAUAAAAAUAAUGUGAUUCGACAUUUGAAUCUUCGAGUAUUGGAUUUGAGCUAUCAGGACAGCGAAGAUACUAACAAUACAUCGGAACCAGAAAUUUUCGAAGAAACUGAAGUCAUAAAUAAUGGAGUGACGCUAGACGCUAAUAUGAACAAAUAUACUUUUAACAGCACUAAUAUAAGAUUGUCAAAUUUAGAAUACCUCGAUUUAAGCGGAAAUGAUAUAUGCUGUUUUUUGUGGGAUUUUCACUUGUCGUUCCCAAAAUUAAUACGGCUAGAUUUAAUGAACGUUAAUGCUCAAACUGUAUAUCAAAAUUUUUUUGAAAAAAUUCCGACAAGUUUGCAAAUUCUUCACCUGGAGAAUAAUUAUCUUCAAAAUGUGACAUUGCAAAACUUAGCUGAAAUUACUGCUUUGUAUUUGGACGGAAAUCCCUUAGAAAAUUUGAUAAUAAAAUCAACGACGUUGCGAAUAUUAUCUUUGUCUAAUUGUACAAAAUUAAGCGCUUUUGAAGGACGAGAUCUUCCGUAUUUGCAGGAACUUGAUUUAUCGAAAAAUAAUUUUAAUGAUGCGUCCCCAUUUUAUUUGUAUUUUUCGUCAUUGCGUAGGCUGGUAUUAGAUUAUAAUGAGCUAACAAAUAUUCCUGUUUUACACAAUUCGCAAUUGAAUGAGUUAUCUGUUCGUUAUAAUAGGAUCAAACAGAUUCAACCGAACAGCUUCAGGAAUCUCAGAACCAUGACAAAAUUAUCAUUGGAAGGAAAUAGGAUAGAUAAUAUUGACAAAAAUACCUUUUCAGGCUUGGAAAAAUUGGAAUAUUUAGAUUUAUCUGAAAAUCAGCUAAGUCAUUUGCCUACUGACUGGGCAUGGCCUUUGAAAAAGCUGAAAUAUUUAAAUGUAAAUUCGAAUAAAUUUGCAAGCAUCUCUGAAAUGGGAGCUUAUUCAAUAUUUUCACUGAAACACUUAUUUGUAGUGAAUAAUACCUUUACAAAAGUAUCGACCCUUGAAAUAGAACCCUUGCCAGACUUCAUAACAAUUUACUUACUCUAAGAGAUUAUUCCGUUUAUGACUAUCAAUUAUUACUUUUUAGCUUUAUUAUUUUGAGUAUUAAUCGUACAUUUAGCUUGUAUUUGUUAUUCUACGUACAUGAAGUAUUUGUAAGUCUUAUAUGUUUAUCACGAAGCGCAAAAAUAAUUUGUCAUGCCAUGUAAUUCUUACACUUUCAAUUUUUUCUGUCAAACAUAUUGUAAACUUAUUUCAAUAAUUGUGUUUUUCUAACGAAAAAUAAAAACUAUUUAACAUAUGUAA